AUGCCAACCGACCCAGAGAUCUUCGCCAUCGGCCAAGAAGCCCUCAGACAAUGGAGUCUCAACAAACUCUACGUCUACCGCUCACCCCUUAUCCCCUCCAGAACCAUCAGUAAAAAGUACGGUUCAAAACUCUGGUUCAAACUUGAUCACCGUCAGUACACUGGCUCUUACCACUUCCGCGGUGCCAUAGCACGAAUGAAGGACAAUCCAACAAAAAAGCCAUUUGUCACAGCGUCAACGGGGAAUCAUGCCAUGGGCGCUGCCCUUGCGGCGCAUGCUUUAGGAACAAAAGUCACUAUCGUCAUGCCAAUGGAUGUUGAGAAAUAUCUUCUUGAUAAGGUGAUGCAGUACGGUCCUGAGAUUGUGCGACAUGGACAUGAUCUCAGCGAAGCGAGAGCGUAUGCACAAGACCUUGCUGAAAGAUCAGAGCAUAUAUAUUUCUCCCCCUACGAUGAUACGAUGGUCCUCGCCGGUCUAGGCACCGUCUGCGUCGAAGUCCUCCAGCAAUUCGAAGCCUACGGGAAGGAUAUCCAUAACAUCUUCGCGCCCAUGACUGACAUCGCACUCAUAAGCGCCAUAGGCUGCUUCGCCACAGAUGCAAAAAGGCAAGCUGGCGAUUUACGACCAAAAGUCAAAGUCUGGGGCGUAACACCGUUAAACUUGAUGACAGUUGCUGCUUCUUUAUCUGCUGGAUUUCCCAUCGAGACGGAAACUUCGCCUACGAUUGCUGCGUGCGAAGAAGAUAAUGAUGUUUGGGAACUACGAUAG